GGCCGCCGGGGGGCGCUGCGGGGCGGGGAGGCGCGGCCGGGCCCAAGAUGGCGCAGGCCGUGAACGUGGCGGAGCUGAGCCUGCCGCAGCUGGAGGUGCUCAAGGGGCAGCUCGACCAGGAGGUGGAGUUCCUCUCGUCCUCCAUCGCCCAGCUCAAGGUGGUGCAGACCAAGUAUGUGGAAGCCAAGGACUGCCUCAAUGUCCUCAACAAAAGCAACGAAGGGAAGGACCUGCUGGUGCCGCUCACCAGCUCCAUGUACGUUCCUGGGAAGCUCUCGGACGUCGAGCGUGUCCUGAUCGAUGUUGGAACCGGCUACUACGUGGAGAAGACGGCAGAUGAUGCCCGAGACUUUUUCAAGCGGAAGAUCGACUUCCUGACCAAGCAGAUGGAGAAGAUCCAGCCGGCGCUGCAGGAGAAGCACGCCAUGAAGCAGGCCGUGGUGGAGAUGAUGAGCCAGAAGAUCCAGCAGCUCACGGCCCUGGGGGCAGCGCAGGGUGCCACCACCAAGGCGUAGCCUUCGGCCUCGGGGGGCUGCCUUCCUCUGCAUCAUUGCUGGGCCGGGGGCACAGACUGCAGUGUGUCCCCUCCCCAUGCUCCUCGCCUCGCCAAUGCCCCAACCCUUCCCCUUUUUGUAGGCAGCCCCUCGCUGCCAGCGUGUGGAAUAAAUUGAGAUGUGGGAACACCCCCA